CUUCUUGGGUUGUGAGUGCCUAGACAUAAAGCUGUCUAUUUUAAAAGGUUCAUGCAUUGCACUACAUUACAAAUUACAAUACUCUCUCUCUCUCUCUCUCUCUCUCUCUCUCUCUCUCUCUCUCCAAGAACAACAAAAGCUACAAUCUUUCUCUUUUCUCCACAUUUGGGUCUUCUUUUUUAGUGUUCUUGUUCCUAUUAUCCAAAUCCAUACAAAGAGAAGAUUUCUUCUCAUCACCCGCUUUGACCACUCACAUAGACUAUCAUCUCAAUCACUGCCUGGAUUCAAUCUCUGCGGAGAAAACUAAUCCAAAUUUCCAGAUUUCCUUCGUCUUUUCGAGUGUCCGAAUUUCAUCAGAUCACAACCUUCAGGCUCCAACAACUUUCUCAUCUCUUCUUGAAUCUUCUGCAGAAAUCAGAAUGCCAAGAUCAAGAGGUUCAGAGUUGCCCCAGAGGCAAUCUCCCAGGCUGAGGACAUCAGCUGCUGCUUCUGAUUCGGACAAUCACCCGCCGCACCAUCACCACCGUCCAAUCACAGACCGGAGUCCGAAGCUCGGUCUGGACCGUAGAUCUCCGAGGAGUGGUGGGCCUCACUCUGAUCCACUGAACCAGAAGAAACUCGGAACCCGCAUUGCUGAUCUAGAAUCUCAGCUGGGACAAGCACAGGACGAGCUGAGAGUGCUGAAAGAGCAGCUGGCCACGGCCGAGGCUGCCAAGAAGCAGGCUCAAGAGGAGCUUCAGAAGAAAGUCAAGAAACCAAACAACGUUGCUCGGGUGGAGGGACCGGUACCUGGGUCUAAGACCACUGACAGAGAUGAAGUUCCUGGAGAUGCCCAGCCAGAGACAGAUGUAUUCGAGGUUCCAGUCGAGAAGAUCACUAUCGAACCCAAAACUGAUCAAGAGAAUGAAGCAAGAGAGGUCGAGAAGCCAAAGCCUGAUGAAUCGGCUUCGAAGGAGGAGGAAAUAAACACGUUGAAAGCCAAACUGUAUGACAUCGAGAAAGAGCGGGAAUCACUCGGAAAAGAGAAUGAGGACUUGAAGAAUCAGCUGAAUGACACGGCUUCAGAAAUGAGCAACGUCAAGGCCAAGGAAGAGGAAAUGGCUUCGAAGAUGAACCAGAUAGGGAAAGAACUCGAAGAAACCCAAGCAAAUGCAGCUCAGCUGAAGGAGAAGCUCGAAUCAACGGAAGAAGCGAAAGAGGAGCUGGAAACAGAGAUGAAGAAGCUGAGGGUACAGACCGAGCAAUGGAGGAAAGCUGCAGAUGCUGCUGCAGCGGUCCUUGCAGGGGGAGUAGAGAUGAACGGUCGGGUUUCAGAGAGGUGUGGAUCGAUGGAGAAGCAUUUGACAGGCGGGUUAUUCGAGGCGGGAGGGUUCGUGGGGUCGCCCGGAAUGGCUGAGGAUUCAGAUGAUGGGUUUGGGAGUGGGAAGAGGAAAGGUUCAGGGAUCAAGAAAUUGGGUGAUCUUUGGAGGAAGAAAGGGCAGAAAUGAGAGGCAAUGGUUGGAGAUGAAAGAAGCUAUUGUGAGAUUAUGUGAUGGAACUGGUAGGAAACUAGAUCUUAUGUAAUAUGGCUGCUUGCCAUCUUGUUUGUGUUUAUGUGGGGAUUUGUACUAAUGAACCUCAUGAUGGUUUUAUAUUAUCAUGCUUCUCUCGAAGUUGAUUUAGCA